UUGGUUCGGCAAUGAAUCGUUCUUAUGAGUCGAAUCUUUCCUAUGAAUCAGUUCAACCAGUUCACAAAACCGAUCUGAAUGAUUAGUUAACUAAUCGAUUAUAAUUAUAAUUGAACGGAUAGUAAGGAUGACAUAGUACCUAUAGCAAGUUCUAACAGUAUGGACACACCUUCAGCCUGAUGGUAUAUAACGCAGAAGACAUGCUUCAGUUUCAUCCACACGGCACUCCAAACACUCAGACACACACUUCCUGCAGAGCAACAUGUUCGAUGCGUAUCAAGCACACUGGGUGGCGCUGUUUGCUCUCCUGAUGUGGGCACCUCUGCAGGUGGCAGCAGAUUCAGAAGAGGAAGCCCCCUCAGAUUGGGCGUUGUGGAAAAGUCUUCAUCAAAUAUCCUACGAUGAGGAGAGUGACGACAUUCAGAGACAAAUCAUCUGGGAGACCAAUCUGCAAAUGAUUGAGAAAAACAAUGAUGAUUUCCGCUUCGGAUUGUCGACGUUUAACAUGGCAAUGAACAAAUACGGUGACCUCACCAAGAUGGAGUACAAACUUUUGCUGGGCGCCACAAUUAAUGGACCGAUAAACAGGAGAGGAAAGGUUGCAUCUGCUCAGACGCUCCGUGUCAAUGCUAACAGACUGGGAUUGACCAAUGUGGAUUAUCGAGCACAAGGAUAUGUGACUGAAGUCAAAGAUCAGGGAUACUGUGGGUCUUGCUGGGCCUUUAGCACUACAGGUGCCAUUGAAGGGCAGAUGUUCAAGAAAACAGGGCGGUUGGUGUCCCUCAGCGAGCAGCAGCUGGUGGACUGUUCCAGGUCGUAUGGCACAUAUGGCUGCAGUGGAGCCUGGAUGGCGAACGCCUAUGAUUACGUGAUCCAUAAAGGGCUGGAGAGCUCUGACACUUACCCCUACACUUCAGCGGAUACUCAGCCCUGUUUCUAUGACAGAAGUUCAGUUGUCACCAGGAUCAGUGACUACAGAUUCAUCCCGGCCAGAGAUGAACAGGCACUGGCUGACGCCGUGGCAACCAUCGGUCCAAUCACUGUCGCCAUAGAUGCCGAUCAUCCAAGCUUCCUCUUCUACAGCUCGGGAAUCUACAAGGAAUCUAACUGUAACCCUAACAACCUCAACCAUGCUGUGCUUGUGGUUGGUUAUGGCUCAGAAGGGGGCAAAGAUUACUGGAUAAUCAAAAACAGUUGGGGAACAGGAUGGGGUGAUGGAGGCUACAUGCGAAUGAUCCGCAAUGGCAAAAACACUUGUGGGAUCGCCAGCUAUGCUCUUUAUCCCAUUGUGUAAGAAG